CACAGUUCAAACAGACACCGUGUAUAUAAAUAGGGAUGCAACUUUAAUUGGUUCAAUUAGAUACUUUUAUUGCGUUGUAUUGUGAACGAAAUUUUUGGUGAAACAUUGUUACAAUGAAGACUGUUUGUAUCGCGUUGUUUGUGAUUGGUGCACUGCAGAUGGUUCAUUCAGUUGACCAGUCGGUUGUAGCACGACAAUAUGACCCGAUUGCCAAUUAUCGACUACCACAGCAACGUAGCGAUGAAAGUUUCAUCGAAUAUAUCGAAAACAUUGCCCAACAAACAAUCCAAUUGGCCAAAGAUGCGAUCAAGGUGUUACAGUCACGAAUCGAACAACUAUUCCAAGACAUUUACGACAGGCUUUUCGGCAUCCAACAAAUCGGUGAUGAUGCAUUGAAUGCAAUUUUGAAAGAUGUGGAAAAAAUCAACGGCAACACUCGAUCAAGUGUGAGUGCCUGCGUUGAAAAUCACAUGGACGAGAUCAAACAGACCAUUACUACUGGAAGGGAAGACAUUUUCAAGUGCAUCCAAGCAGCAAAGGCUGAAACUGACACUAUUAACGAGCGUUUAUUUCCGUAUGUCGAAUCGAUAGAAACUUUAAUUAAAAAUGUCACAGAACUUAUCGACAAGUGUUCAUCGUCGUCGAAUCCAGUUUCGGCGGCUAUUUGCAUUACUCAACAUGUAACAGACGUUUCGAAUGCAGUUUCGAAUAUCAUUCGUGACAGUCAGGAGGCUAUACGGUUGGCUAUGGUUGAGAUCAGCGCUCUAGUUAUAAAUACAACUGAAUGUGUGAAUACAACUACAGAUGCUGUUAGAGCUGCGGUCGAGAAGAUUAUCAUGGAAUGUAGAUCAGAGCAACCAGCAAGUGCCUAACUUGCAAUUAAUUUCUAUAAUAAACUCAUGCCAACA